AGGAUAAGGUUGGAGCAGCGAAGACUCGCCCGAUCUAGAAACAACCAUUCCCCUUUCCGUAGCAAGAACCCUAGCUUUUGUGGGAUGGCGAACCAAGGUCAACAAGAUCCGGUGGUCCUCCCCAUAGUUCCUUGCCCGGACUGUGGGAGGGACGUGGCCAUGCAUGUCGCACGGCGAGGACAGAGCGCCGGCCAGAGGUUUUACAAGUGCCGCAAUCACAAUCCUGGGGCAGGUGGUUGUGAUUUCUACCGCUGGCAGGAAGCAUACGCCGCUCAUUUGGGUGUUGUUCUGCCGGCAGCAGAGCCAGGGGAUCAAAUCCAAGCGGCUGUCGACCAACCUCAGGCGCAGAUCAACCAACCUCCAGUUCAUCAACCACUACAGAACCACGGACCGGAGUGGAAGACAUUGCCGCCGUGAUGAAUCAGGUGGUUGCAUCUCUUAUGGGCAUCGUCGAUGGUGCACGCCAGAAGGGGGUGUUUGUGGCGGACGCGACCUCCAUUAACAUCGGGAUGUCAGUGGCAAUCUUCAUCAUAUGUGUUUGUAACCUUGUGCUGCUUGUAGCUGUCAUUCUUAUGAGGGCACAAGAGUAGGAGAUGGGGUUUCGUAGUGGCAGACACCUAGUAGUUUAACUAUCAUGUAGUAGUGUGGAGUUAUGAGAUGGAAUCUGUGGAUCAAGAACUGAAAGUAUGAUGAAGAUCGUAUUUUGUAAUGUCCAAGUAUGCGAAAUAUGAAAUAUCUAGAAGCUUUGCUUAUGCUCA